UCUCGUUCUCUGAAUGAAUUGAGUUCCUAAUAUCCCUAAUGAAUUUCGUUCGAUGAGAAGUCCAGCGCUGCGCGAUAAUCGGCAAAGGUCUCGAGACAAGCCUCAAUGAAUGCCUUCGGGUUUGAGUCGAAUGUUCCGUCGUGCGCGAUCCACAGUCCUUAGCCGGCAUCUACAGUGAUGCUCACGUCAAAAGUGAGACGGCUCGACUUCGGCGGGAAGAAUCUCGUCAACAGAGUCAAAUGCAGGAUCGACAACCUGCGAAACUGCAGCAUCACAGGAGCGUCUUCGGCGGGCUCGCCGAAAUACCUCUGGAAGGCGCCGCAGGGUCACAGAACCGACUUCUCCGUGUACAACGCGAUCGCGAAACGAAAAACGCCGCUCGUUCUUGAGAGGCAGAAUGUUGUCAAGUGGUAUGCAUGUGGUCCGACAGUGUACGAUCACUCCCACAUCGGUCACGCCUUCUGCUAUGUUAGGUUCGAUAUGAUACGCCGUCUGCUGGAAAAUGCCAACAACUCCGUGAUUUUCGCAAUGAACAUCACGGAUAUCGAUGAUAAAAUCAUCAGACGGAGCAAGGAAACUCAGAGGAGCAGCGUUGAUAUUGCUCGGGAAUUCGAAAAGUCUUUUUUCGAGGAUCUGAAAAGCUUGCAAGUUAAGCCACCCUCGAUCGUACUCAGAGUAACUGAAAACGUACCCCUCAUCGUUGAUUUCAUUCAGAAACUGCUCGAGUCAGGUUGUGCGUACCAGAUCUCAGAUGGAAUCUAUUUCGAUACGGAAAAAGACUCAGACUACCCGAGAUUCCGCGGAGGGGGAGAUGCUUUCACAAGCAGGUUACAGGAUGAGAAGCGCCACUUUGCUGACUUCGUCUUAUGGAAAUUCGCCAAACCUCAAGAGCCUUCUUGGAAUGCUCCCUUCGGAGCGGGAAGGCCUGGUUGGCACGUCGAGUGCUCCGCGAUGGCUUCGAAGAUUUUCGGAUCAUCGGUUGACAUUCACAGCGGCGGAAAAGACCUCGAAUUCCCGCAUCACGAAAACGAAGAAGCUCAGAGUUGUGCUUAUCAUUCUUGCUCGAAUUGGGCAAAGUUCUAUCUGCACUCAGGGCACGUUCAGAUCGACUCUAGAAAGAUGUCAAAGAGCCUGGGCAAUGUUUUGAGCAUCAAAGACUAUCUGGAAAGCGGCACAUCGGACGAGCUCCGGAUGAUGUGCUUGCGGGUACCAUAUCGUUCCGAUAUUCAUUAUUCGGAUGAACUUCAUGCGAGAGCGAAAAAGAAUCUCGCGAUUCUCAAGUCCAUUCUCACUGAUUGCGAGGAUUAUCUCCGGGGCAAGUUCCGGGCGGAUGUCAACGAGGAGAAACUUCUUCAGAACCUGUUUUUGACAAAACUCAAAGUUGAAGAGUCCUUCCGAGAUGACUUCGAUUUCUCCGAGGCCACGACCGCCGUCUUGGACCUGGUCCAAAUGCUCGGCGCAGAACUUCAAGAAACUGACGCUCAUUCCUCGACGGCGUACGUGGCGGUGUCCUCCUUGAAGGAUUUCAUUCGGCUGUACUUCGACGUUCUAGGCGUUCGUCUCGGGCGAGAGACUCAGGAGUCGGGAAACGUAGAUCGAGCCGAAGACGUUGUACACACUUGCAUGAAUUUUCGAUGUGAUGUGCGCUCGGCCGCUCUCGCUAUGAAAUCUGAUGAACGGUUGAAUAUCUUGAAGCUCUGCGACGGAUUCCGUGAGGAUCUGAAAGCCAAGGGAAUCGUGGUGAGGGACAAGCGAACCUAG